AUGUUAAGCAAAUGUAUUGUUUCAUUUCAGUACUUUUAUGGUACUCGUGCGGCACCCCUUUAUCCUCAUACAUUCGAAAUUGCAUUUGAUGAAGUGCAGAUUUGCAAAAUUGGCGGUGAACGAUUACCGAUAGAAUGUUUACCGUUUGCGAUUGAUCAGACAGUGUUGACAACCAAUGUGUUUGGCUUUUUGGUAAUCACAGGUGUGGAUAUGGCUCGACGAACAUUCACUGUACUCAGUCCACAACCUUACCCAUUACCUUCUAAAAUUCUUAUUUUGAGCGAAGUGACAUUUGUUGAUGAUAAGGAACGAACUUGA